GCGAACUAAAAAAUCAUCGGUCAGGCAGCAACUUUGUCGACAACGAUGAGUUUAGGCAACCCAAAGCACAACGGCACGGCAACGAUAACGUCUACCAACCGGGCACAGCGCAACACGGUCGUAUAUAGCAAUACGAAAAGCAAACAUACACACACACUUAUACAUACACUAGCGUGAGCACAGUGAACGCGCAGUCUGUCGCUGAAAUAAAAGAAAAGCGAGGCGACAACGAAGUGAACCACAAAAGGGAAAUGAAGAUAAAACGAGGAAAAAAAUUCUGUCGAUUUUUAUUCGUCGCUGGCGUAAACUGAAAAACUUGAAAUUGAAUCGAAAAUAAAUUUGUAGUCGGUGGUGUAGAGGAGGUGAUUUUGACGAUUUAGUGAAGUUUUUCAAUUGCAAAGGAAUCACUUUUGACGUAUUUUGAAUUGAGGAUCUAUCUAAAUCGGCAGGGGAUUGACCAGUGGGCUCACAAUAUUUAUUACAAUCAUCUUCCCCACAGCCAUUACGACUCAUCCACCACCACAAAUAACGUUGUCAUUAUCAUCACUACCACAACUGCGAGUGUGGUACCAAUACCAGCAACUAGCAACCACCAGUGUAACCACUGCUGUGCUAACCAACAUUGCCAUCGAUCGAUCCAUCUGCCAACAAUAACGAUAGUAGCGGAAGAAAUAGCAACGGGUAUAUACAUUUUGAAGAAUAUUCGUUCGAGAACGUCAACGUGAUCGUCACCAUAAACGCAGCAGCUGUUUUCGAUAUGACAACCAACAAGGACACUGCGUCGUUCUUCGAGAAUGGCACUACGCAUCAAUUCGAAUAUUGCUACAAACUUUACCCACAAGUGCUGAAGCUAAAAGCAGAAAAGCGCAAUAAAAAACCACAAGAGCUUAUACGUUUGGACGAAUGGUAUCAAAAUGAGUUGCCAAAAUUGAUAAAAGCACGAGGGAAGGAUGCACAUAUGGUAUACGAUGAGCUGGUGCAGACCAUGAAAUGGAAACAGUCGCGUGGAAAAUUUUAUCCGCAACUUUCGUACCUGGUGAAGGUAAAUACCCCGCGUGCUGUUAUGCAGGAAACAAAGAAGGCUUUCCGUAAACUGCCUAAUCUAGAACAGGCCAUUACGGCACUGUCAAAUCUAAAAGGAGUCGGCACUACCAUGGCAUCAGCGCUUUUGGCAGCUGCUGCACCUGACUCGGCACCAUUCAUGGCAGAUGAGUGCCUAAUGGCCAUUCCAGAGAUCGAGGGUAUCGAUUAUACUACCAAGGAGUACCUCAAUUUUGUUCAGCACAUAUAUACUACUGUCGAACGCCUGAAUGUUGAGGCUGGCGGUGAAACUCCGUUUUGGUCGCCACACCGAGUAGAAUUGGCACUGUGGGCACACUAUGUAGCCAAUGAUUUGAGUCCAGAGCUUUUGGAUGAAAUGCCCGGGCCAGGUGCUGGUGGUGGUGCCAAUAUUAAUGGUAGCACAGUAAAGGUGGCAGCACAUACAGCCGAAGUUCUUAGUGGUGAAGCUGAGGAUACCAACGAUGGCGAUGAAGAGAGCUUAGGUGCAGCUGAAAAUAACCACAAUAACGCUGCACCCGGCAUUACAACAGCGACCACUUCCUUGCAGGAUGGCGAUUCUAACUUCGUUUCAAACGACUCCACCUCACAAGAGCCCAAUAUCGAUGAGAACACCACCCAGACCACAGCUACAACUUCAACCGAUGAUGGCGAAGUAGGUACACCACUCGCUUCAGAUUCAGAAAGCAAUUUGGAGGCACCAGAAAAGGCUAAACUUAAACAUAAUAGCAGCAUCAGCAAUAAUCCAAACACAAAUAGUAACAGUGAGAUUGUAGGCAUCGGCCACAGCGACAUCAGACAGAAAGAUGUGGUUGCUGCGGUAGUAGGAAAUGGAAAUAGAAAUGGGAAUGGUAAUGGUACUUUAGUGUCUUUGGGCGCACCUGGUAGUGAUGGAGAAAACAGCAGUUGCUUGCGUUCCACAGGCAUUGAAGAUGCUAGUGAGGAAGACGACGUUGACGCUGAGGAUGAUAGCAGCAACAGUAAUAGUCGCCACAUUGGCCAGAGCCACAAGUCAAUAACGCCCCUGUUUGGUGGUAACUUGAACGAUGGUACAAAUUACACCACGACCAACGCCAGCGAUUCCAAUAAUGAUUCCACGCUUAGCAGUGCCGCCGGAGGUGUUGUGGCGCAGAAGCGAACAUUACAAUGUAACGAAGGUGGUAGCGAAGUCGAUGGAAUAGCGGAGGAAGCACACAGUCAACCAGAGCUGAAGAAAAUUCGGAGUGAAUAAGUUAGAAAAAAAAGUUAAAAACGCAGGAAAAAGUUUGCGUAUAAACUAAAGGGAAUAGGCGGUUUAACUAGAGCGUAAUUAAAAGGUAAAAUAUAUAGAGGGCGACGCGAGAUCCUGGGCAGGUUAAAAGACACAUACCUAACAACAAUAACAAUACAUAUAAUAUACCGCAAAAGAAAGCGUCGGAACAGCGUGUGUAGCAUUGCAGGAUCACAUUAAUUCUUUAUCAUUAAGUAAAAUUUUUACGGAUAACAUCUUAAAAAAGAAAAUUAAAAAAUACUAGAAUGUAACAAGAGAGUAUGUAGAAGAAAAGUAGUUGAAUGAAAAAUGCAAAGGAAAAUAUUACAGAGCGUUAAAUGUCAAAUCGCAAUAAGUACCAUUCAUACAAUUAAAGUAGAGCCCAAACAUGCAGCGUUAAAAAAAAUGCUGCCAUGUACUAGUAACAAAUGCCUUGAACCCACUCAUUGAACAAAACACACACAGCACAGAUACAACGUAAUAGAUACAGCGUUUUCUGGCUGGCCUAACGCUUGACUUCCAGCUCCAGGAUGAGCAACCGCUGCCGUCUGCUGUUGAAUUUUCAUUUUGCUGUACGCUUUUAAUUUCCUUUUAAUUCACCUUUUAUUCUUGUUUUCUGUUUUGUACUUUUUUCUUUGCACUGUUCGAACUAUUUUUCAACAAAUAAGGAAAAAGCAAAAUUAGCACUUUCCUGAAAAUAAAAUUAUAAGUUAGUUUAAUAAUAAUUUUUACAUAGUUUAUAAUUAAAGAAUAUUUAUUUCUGCAUUUUUUCCCCACAAAAGAAAGAUUCAAUUCAAAAGAGAAUAUCUUAUUAAAGAACUAGCAAAAAUCAUUACGUACAUUUUUAUUAGUUUACUCUUAAUGUAAAACGAAAGUAAGAAAAUAUGUUUUACACAAAGCAUUAAAAAUCAAAGUUGAGACGAAAUGUGAGUAAACGGCAAAAAGUAUAACGGUGAAAUUAUUGAGAUAACGCAUUGAAAAGUCAUAACGCGAAAUUAUAAUUAUUAAAAUAAUACAAUAAUAAAAAACAAAAACACAAAAAAAACAGUAAGUAAUGCGAAUUAUUUUUAAUUAAUUAGUAAUGUAAUGCAUACUACUUUAAAACAAAUUAAAAUGCCACACACACAUAUAUAUAUAUAUGCAAACAUACAUACAUACAUCCUACCACCAUAUUAAAAAUACAUUUACUAAACAUAAUUUUACUACCACAAUAAACAAUGACGAAAAGUUAAAAAUCCAAUAAAAAUUCAAUAUAAUUGGGUAUAUACGAACAUAUCGCUAAUGUGCUGUAUGAGUGUCAAAAUGUAAGUAUGUAAAAGUAAAGCCAUAUUUCCACCUAAUGAGUUACGGUAAUUGGUAUCGCCAUGCACUUUUACACACCACAAACAUACUGUUUUAUCUACAUACUUAUCUAGGAAUAAAAUGUUUUCCGAUUUUGACACUUGCAGCAAAUGAGCGUUAAGAAUAUUUGCAAAAAUGUGUAUUUUUGGUGUUAAAACAUUUUUCAUAUAUUACAAAUUACGGUGCAUUUGAUACGCACCACCGUACAUCUCUGGGAUGACGUAAAGAAAUGUCAAUCAGAUUCCAUUUAAUGAAAGUCGAAUAUGCCGUUGGUGGUCGUUUAAGACACUAAUUAGGUUAUUGAUUGCAAACAUUUCUCUCGCAGGCAUUCUUUUUUGUUUAAGCCUAAUACAAGGAUAAUAAAAAUAGUCGAAUAUGUGAAGUGAUCAACAAAUUGCACUACUACCUUAAAUAGAAAGAAAAAUAAAAAAUACAAAUUGAAAAUUUUUACAAUAGCGCAUUUACAAUACAUAUAGAGAGCAAACUACAUACAAUUAUAGCAACAAAAACCAAUAUUAUUAAUUAAAAGAAGCAAAUCGAAAAAAACUUAAUUUUAGGUACAUAUAGUCAUAGUAAUAUGAAUAUACAUAUAUUAAAGAAGGAGAAACAUUCAAAAAUACAAUAAAAUAAAUUUAAAAGUAUAAAAAAUAUAGGUAAUACAAUUUUUGUAGUAAAAAAUCAAAGAGCAGGAGAUAAAUUAUAGCAUUAAUAAAAUAAGAAAAGCAGGGCUGAUGUUUAACAAGGCAAGGUUUGGUCAUUCGAGAUAAAAGUGAACCUGAGGGCAGGUGAUCCAACAUUUGAUGAACGACGUCGAGGAUACGAAGUAAAAUGUGUAAUUGCAACAGCAACGGUAUAUAAACAAACAAAUGAUAUAUGAAGUAAUAUUAACAAAUAAUAAACACAUUAAAAGGAA